GGUGACUCUAAAGAAUAGCGGCCCAAACCGAAACGACCUUCGAACAAAAAAGUGACCUUGAGCAAGGAAUCCGCUGACUAUCAUUUUCGGAAGCAAUCAUGGAUGUCUUCGAUUACUGUUUGGAUAACGGACUGAUAGCUUUGUCGAAAAUUUGCCAAUGCGGAGGAGUUAUGCAUAUACAAAAAUACACAGAGGCCAUUGAUGGCUUUGUAUACAGAUGUAUUGAGUGCCGAAGGAGGAAAUCGGUUCGAGAAGGAACUUUUCUCUCAAGGUCUAAACUACCUUUGAAGAAAAUUUUAAUGAUCUGUAACUUCUGGGUCCUGAAAAGAGCAGUCACAGCUACAGCUUAUGAAACAUUAAAUUCAGAGGUGUCAGCAGUGCAAUGGUACAACUACUGCAGAGAAGUUUCCUCCUGGAAAAUGAACACCCUGACUCAAGUUCUCGGGGGAGUCGGCAGCAUAGUCCAUAUUGAUGAGACUGUACUUAUAAAAAGGAAAUACAACCGCGGGAGAUUGCAAGCAAACCAGCAGUGGAUACUGGGUAUCUACGACACGAUACUGAGCAAAGGGUAUAUAGAAGCGAUUCCCAAUCGCAGUGCAGCAGUAUUAGUACCUAUUAAUAAGCGUUUGGUGUUGCCGGGGACGACUAUUCAAACAGAUGAAUGGAGCGGAUACCGUCAAUUAUCGAAUCAUGGGUACAUACAUCAUGUUGUGAAUCAUACGGACGGUUUCCGGAAUCCUUUGGAUGGAACCCACACCAGUUCCAUUGAAAGUUUUUGGAGUCGUCUAAAAAGACGUAUAAGAGCGGUUAAUGGAUCGAGAAAUCCCAUGGUUUACAGUUACCUGGAUGAAUUUAUGUACCGAAACUGGCUUCGUAUGACUAUGAAGACUCCCAUGAGAAACUGGGAGGUUUUUUGCAACAUAUACGCGAACGCCAUUCUUUGUAACUGUUUAUUAUGAUUGCAUUCCUUUUAUAUAAACCGUUUUUUACAAUUAUGCGCCUUUCUUUUUGAGCCUUCUCAUUGGCCGAAGUUGUCCCUGUCAAGGUCAUUUUUGCGUUGAAAGGUCGUUUCGGUUUGGGCCGCUAUUCUUUAGAGUCACCCG